AUGCCCCCCACGCACUCUAUUACGCUGUUCCAGCCAAAUCCAGCCAUAGCCGACUAUGCCGGCCCCACAGUGAAGCAAUCAAUCGAGAACCCGGGGCAUCACGCCUUCCGGCACACAGCCAACAUCCAGAACACGCACUCGGUAAAUGGAAACCAUGAGGCGGACUAUUUAGUCCUUAAUGGAUCUCAAUUUGCCGAUCUGCAAGGCACGGCCCGGAACGUUGUGGACUUCGUGCCGAAUUUAGUAGUACACGCGCACUUUGCCGCGCAAGACGUAAUUUCCCAAUGCGGAAAUGUAUUAAUACCCGCGUUCGAACUUCCUAUUGAUGCGAGGCAAAUUCGCUCCCCUACUCCUCUUGCUUUCGCUAGACGUCUUACCUCUGGUCCUUUCUUUGAGACUUACGGCGCCGACGUCAAACGACACAUGCGUCAGUCGACCAUCCCUCUUCCCAUCGUCGACUUCGACGAUUUCACACAUAUGUCCCCUGAGGACAUAUUUCAUAUGCCCGGAUUAUCGGACCCGCACUCACUGGCUGUCCCUCCCUCUGCGACAAACUACGACCUGAAGAUGCCGGCGCAUGUCGCCUCUAAAUUCAUGGACUUCCAUGAGGAAACUCUGUCCCGCCGGACCUCAGAGAGAGAUGCGGAGGAGAAAGAUUUAUUGACAACGGACGACUACGACAAACGGAGGAAGAGUGGGUCGGUUGAGCAUGUGCUCCCGACACCACCAAAGACACCUGCGAAGGCACCCGCCGGGGAUGUUCCUUCGCAGGACGCUCUUUUCCACCAAGCCUUGAUCGUCAAGACUUGGCUGGUCGCCCUGGAGAAAAGUUCUACCACGCUCGCCCACAGCGGACGCGAUGCGCAUGUCGCGGACGACGUAUCGUCCGACGGCGAGCUAGUCGACAUGAGCGAGACCUCCUCGUCCUGUGCCGACGACGAGGAGAGUCUUGCCCCCAUUCCUAACUCCACCCGUCCCAGCUCACGCAUCGUGCAGCUGCACCUGUCGCACAUUCGCAAACUUGCAGAGGACAUCGCGGACCCGUGGACUCGUAAGUUCAUCCCUCAAUUAAUUCCCUCGCUCAUCUUCACCCGCACCACCGACGCACUUGAGGAGCCGGACGACAACGGCCUCUUCGACAAACUUACCCCUUCCCCUUUCGGCCUUCGCCAGUGCGAACUCACGUAUGAGACUCUCCCCUUCCACGGACACUACGACCAUUCAUCCGUCCACCGACUCACCACGCUCACCAGGUUCCUUACAGGCAUCAUGGCCUCUCAAUCCGUCCGGGAGCUCGGAAUAGAGCAAGCCGCCUUCCAUACCACUCGGCCGAGUGCAAUCUAUCACUACGACACGUCUACGUACAACCUCCACGUUCCUCGAGGCACUUCGCGCCUUCAUACCCGCAUGUAUGAACUUAAGAACAUGCGCACCACGGCGCGCAACAUCAUCCAACUAACUCAUGCAACUCUUACUCCCUUCCAGUCGCAGGAGUGCUCGCAGGAGCAACUCCUUCUCAUCGUCGUCGACGGCGUCCGCUGCAUCCCAGCCAGCGUUAAUCGCGCUACGUUUUUUCACCAACUCUGUCCAUCCGCUAAUCCUCUCUUCGCCUAUGAAGAAGUCGCAUAUUUGCGAUCGGCCGCAGGACUCUUCCGUUUCUUCGGGUACUUCGUACUCGCAGAUGCCAUCGACGAUCUCCUGCAACGAUCUGUCCCCGAUGAGGACAUCAUCUUCAUUUUAUUACAGAACUACCUACUUGACGAUCUCCGUGGUACUAACGUUGUUCCUACCACUAGCACUAAGUUCAUUUUGUCUCUCGCUGAAGCUAAGUACGAUCGGGACUACGAUGCCAAGCGCGUAGGUCCUUACUAUUUAGAAUAA